AUGGCAGUAGCCACAGACCCGUCAAAGGCAGGCGGAUCGUCGUCGCAGGACAGCGUGCUUUCUUCGGUGCCCUUCCGAGACUCGUCGGUGCCGCGGAGCCGCAAAGUCGCAGCCACGACCGCAAUGCAACCUCCAGUCGCAUCUAGCUCCCACGCUUCCAGCUCCCACACCUCUCGCACCGCUCCCGGCUUGGCAUACUCGACAUGGCUAGUGCUCGAUGCCGAUGACAGCGCUCGUCCGUUCCUAUCGGCACUUCAAGCAAAGGCUGCCGGCCCAUCGAUUGUGCCGAGCGGAGCUGUUUCGCCCGCAGCGCGCAGCGCAGAAAAGCUCACCGAGCUCACCAACACUUCCACUGCAGCCGCAGCACAGGCGGCGCGCAAGGCCUCGGCCAGCUCACACGUCAGGGUCCGGGCGUCCAAAUUCGACGCUGCCAAUGCCGAGGCCAAGGAUGGCGUCAAUGGACUCGAUAAGGAUCGCAGGGCGUCGCUGCAGCAUGCGGCAUCACACGCGGGAGCGUCGGCCAGCAUAACAGGCAGCAUCGGUCGCAGAAGCUUCAUGUCCCGUCUCAGAGGCGCGGGCGGAAGCGUGUCGAGCGCAAGCGUCUUCCAAGCACAGGGUCAGCAAGGCGCAGAAGAUGCGGCAUCGGUGUCAGCAUCGGGCAGCUGGUCCAUCGUCGACACCCCGGCUCCAAUCAAAGAAGAAGGGCAGGACGCCUCGGCUGCGCGAAAGGUCGUAUUUGCAUUCUCGUCCAUGGCGACAUCAAGCGCCGUACAACAAGCAUCUGGUCUGGUGGCACGCUGCUCUGCCAUGCUGUCGCUGUCUCCCGAGGACCAGAUCGUCGAGCAAGUCCAUCCGGACCGCGUCGAUGCAACAUCCACUGCUGCCUUGGUCCAAACCCACCGCGCAGAAGCCAUCUAUAUCGGGUCCGCACAAUCUUCGACGUCAAGCACUCAGCUCUACGCUUUUCUGCAAGCGAUUGUCGAUGCAUCCAGCGCACCGGUCAAGUUCAUUGCGGUCGAGCCAGUGACAGUCCGGAGAUUAUCGGCAGAGCAAGCAGCCGCGUUGUUCGACGCCGCACGCACACGACGCGUGCAGCUCUCCUUACCGCCUCGAUGGACGGUCAUGGGCAGAACCGAUCUCGACGAGACGCUCCAAGCGCUCGAGCUGUUGCACGAAGUGGAGGCGGAGCAGGCGCGGAGUGCGCAAUCGGUCGGUGAUAACGAGGAGGCAGACGUGAGCGGCAACUUUGACGUGAGCCUGUCCAACAUCCCGACAGGCAUGUCCAGCGAUAAGCUUGACGAGUCCGCCGAGCUAGAGACGGUCAAGGCGCAGGUGGCACAGCUCGAAAGAGACCUGCAGAACAAGGACAGGCGCAUUGCAGAGCUUGUGCGCCAGGCAGAGGCGCUAACCGCGGAGAACAAAGCCGCUAAGGCAGCGUCUGAGCUAGCGUCGAUUCCAGCAACAGCAGCAGCCGCUGAGGAAGCAACUGCAGUGUCAAAAGCAGAUACGAGUGCGCCGGCACCUCCUGCGACUAUCUCUGCGUCUGCGGUCGCAGCGGGAACGAGUGCAGAGCUUCUAAAGCCAGCGGAAGAACAGGCGCCGACCACAUCGCACACGCCAGUCCGAACCCCCACUGCGAGGCAACUCAACUCCAACGCGGCUGCUACGCCGAUGAGCACGCCUGUAGCGUCGUCGUCUCGCAACUUGGCUGCAGCCGUAGGCUCCAAUACAUCAUCGCCACACGGUGCAGUCGCAGGGGCACUUGGGGCUGCGGCAGCAAUCACUGGGUCUCCUGGAUCUCCGAGUGGCGGCGCGCGGUCUUCGGGCAAAGUGAUUGCCACGCUUACCGCGGAACUCUCGGAGACGCGAGCGAUACUCGAGGCGACGCGCGCGGCGCUGGCGACGGUGCGUACGCAGUCGGCAGCGUACCAAGCGCAGGCGGACGAGAUGCGAGGUACGCUAUCACGGGCACGGCUGGAGAACGAUUCGUCGGUGGGCAUCUUGGCGCGCAAGGACCGGCAGAUUGUGGAGGCGCUCGAGCGCGCACGCAAGGCGGAGGCGGAGGCUAAAGAGCUCGGGAGGGCGGGGCGCGAGUGGGGCACGCGCGUGCGCGAGGUCGAGGACGAACUGGGCAAGGAGCGCAUCAAGCGCUCACGGGCCGAGCAGGCAUACGACGCACUCAGCAGCGAAUGGAAAUCCGCGCGCGAACGGUUACGUGCCGAAGUGGACGAACUACGCACCACCCACACCGACCAAGUUCAAGCCCUAGCCAAGGAGUACGAUACUCUACUCGCCUUCAAGACUCGUCUCCAAGACCAUGCCAACAUCACCAUCGAGACGGGCAAUGCUGAUUUUGGAGCACACGCCCUCGUCAAGGACCUCGAGCGGGUUAACACCGACAUGCAGACGUACCUCUCCACUCAGGUCCAUCCGCUCGUCGACAGAAUGGCAAAGCUGGAGCAGCGCGAGAAUCAAGACAUUGUGGACAGGAUCACGAUGCUCACCGACGAGCUUACGCGCAUCAAAACCCUCAUGCGCCGAGGCGACAUCACUAGCCCCGACCAAAUCCCACCCUCCACCCUCUAG